AGUAAAUUGUCGUUUAGUCUAUUUUUGACAAACCAUACGUCUAAAUAAGGCAUACAUUACCAUUAUGGUGUCGUUAUUAAUUAUAAGGUAACGUAUGCUGUGUUAAUUGUUUUGGAUAGAUUCGGUAAAUGAACAGCUGUUUAAAUUACUUAAGGUAGUUUGUGAUGUUUUUUGGUCCGGACAAGAUAACGUAUAUUGGAAUAUGUAAAAAUAGUGUUGACAGAAUGAGGAGAGUUGCUAGAGGUCAGAAGGUCAAGGUCAUUUCAUAGAGCUUAAUGUCCAAAGGUCAUCAAGGACAUCUGAUAGGCUACCAAUAAUUUAAACCGAAAAUACCGUGACAUACUAUCUUGAAACCAUGGCAAAGCGUCCAGACCACAUCAACCUUAGCUGCAAGGCCAAGGUCGCCUUUUCCCCUCUCUCUGAAGGAUCUGUGACUCCUGGGGGUCAAAGUCUGGGUCAAAGGUCAUUAGGUGUGGAAAGUUCAACGAGUGGGUACUCAGUGAGUAGUGGAUCCAAGUUAAUCAAAGGUCUGACAGAGCGAGAUCUGAUCAUCGAGGAACAACUGUGCCAAAUUAAUAUUCCUUCAGAUGAAAGGCAGUGUGGAAUUGGCAGAUUUAGACCAAAAUGUAUCCAAGGUUGCGCCAGUAUCAAAUUGUUCGUCGUCAUGAUGUGUGUACUGAUUACAAUGUCUGGGACUCUUUCAACAGGUUAUCUUAACAGUGUGAUAACCACCAUAGAAAAAAGAUUCGAACUCGGUAGUACCAUAUCCGGCUUAAUCGCAGCGUCAUACGAAUUUGGGAGUCUCGUUACUGUUGUUUUUAUCUCAUACUUUGGUGGACGUCGCCAUAUUCCGCGAUGGAUCGGGAAAGGCGUUAUCAUGAUGGGCUGCGGUGCUUUGCUGUUUGCUCUGCCACAUAUCAUAGCAAAAAAGUACACAGUGCAUCAGGGUAUAAUAUCAAACAGUACAGAUGAAAAUAUAUGUAAAAUCGUUGAUGGGAAAAAAUCAGAUGAAAACUGCCUGGAUAAAAAUGCGGGGAAUUUGUCAUACGUCUUGAUAUUAAUCAUUGCGCAAAUUUUAAUCGGCACUGGCGGUACACCAAUAUUCACACUUGGGACGACAUAUAUCGACAACCAUGUGUCGAAAGACAAAUCUCCUGUUUACCUUGCCUUUACCUAUGCGACAGGAGCCCUUGGACCAGUUGUGGGUUACGCGCUGGGUGCGUUACUUCUCCAGUUCUAUGUUGACGUAUUCAGCUACAAGGUGCACCUGUCGCCCGCCCACCCUCGCUGGAUCGGAGCAUGGUGGGGCGGCUUCAUCAUCUGCGGAUUUGUCCUGUUCUGUAUCGCCAUUCCAUUCCUGAUGUUCCCACAGGUUUUGAUAGAGGAGAAGCGAAAGGUUUUGGAGAAAAAAGCCCGUGAGGAUCUACUAAGUCCAGAAACAAAUGAAACCACCUCACAGAUAGUGGACUAUGGCAAAGAUGCUAAAGAUAUCCCGAAGUCAAUCCUGCGGUUGUUGAAAAACAAGAUCUACCUGGUGACCAGUUUUGGAAUUUGCUGCGAGAUUUCCAUCGUUAGCGGUUUUGUUGUCUUCCUACCGAAAUAUAUUGAGACUCAAUUUGGGACAUCGAAAUCAGAAGCAUCGCUGUUCACAGGUGGUAUAGCCAUCCCAGGUGCUGUGUUUGGUGUCCUCAUGGGUGGCUUUCUGCUGAAACGCUUCCAGAUGGGGCCUAAAGGGGCAAUUCAGCUGACCAUUUUUCUUGAUGCUCUAGCCUUGAUUGGCUGCGGGUUUUUCUUCUUUCUUGGAUGUGAUAACCUGAAAAUGGCAGGUGCAACUUUCCCGUACUUCAACAGUUCCGGCUACAACCUUGUGGAAGAUUUUGAAUUUGAAGCUAACCUGACCUCCUCCUGUAACAUGCUUUGUGACUGCUCGAACAACAACCUUGAGCCGAUAUGUGGGAUUAACGGGCUGACCUACUUCUCCCCGUGUCAUGCUGGUUGUACGCAGUUUAAUAACAACAACCUCGAACCAAACCAGUAUACCAUGAACUUCACCGCCUGUUCCUGCAUCCUUGGCGACCACCUGCGUUCCGAGGUUAUCAUGUCUCCUGUAGCAACGAGCGGCCCAUGUAAAUCAACGUGUCAAAACCUCCUGCCAUUCCUAAUCCUGCUCGUGUUCAUGACCUUCUGUGUGGCGGGAACACAGAUGCCCAUCGUUAUGGUUACACUCAGGUCUGUGAGAGAUGAAGAGCGGUGCUUUGCCCUGGGGAUGCAGUUUGUGAUAUUACGCCUCUUUGCCUACAUCCCUGCGCCGAUGGUGUUUGGCCACAUUAUAGACACAGCUUGCCUGUUAUGGAAACAGAAGUGCGGAGAUAACGGCUCGUGUCUCAUCUAUAACAUUGAAAUGUUCCGAUAUAGAUAUGUGGGAACGUCAGCCGUGUUGAAGAUUGUCGGAGGAACAUUGUUCACCAUUGUGUGGUUCAUGUUUCGUCAGAAAAACCAACGCGAGAAAGAACGUCAAUUGAAAGGAUUGUCGGUGACUGAAAUGAUGAAUUCUGUGACAUCAAUCAACAAACUAAACCUAUCAUCAAAAUCUACAGCAUCAGGCAAAUUGCCAUGUGACCAAGCUUCUGAUGACUCGGAUCAGGAGGAAAAUUACAAUCUUCCAGAGGACACAGAUCUUGAUCAAGCUUCCAAGCCUGAAAAAGACACAGAUUUAGCAGAAGCUGAUUUUGUGUUUGACCAUGAAGGUAGUUUGGAAAUUCAGCCAGGAAUGUCAUAUCAAAAAGUUGACACACAUGAAUCAGAGCUUUAGUAAUCCUUGUAAGUUAUUGUCAUAUCUCAUAUUAACAGCAUUUGAACAUUUGUAAAUAUUUUGUGUAAUAAUCUGGCAUUCUCAGUAUAAAUUUUAGAUGUGUUUAAAUGGAUUUGAAAUGAUAAAAACGAAAAAUAUUCUAAUGAAUAUCAUACAAUUUUGAUAAUUAACUUAAAUAUAAAAAAUUCUUGAUAAUUGAUGACAAUUCAAAGCACAGAAUGUGAUGAAUUAUGAUUAUGUAUAUUUUGCUGUAAUUUUUGUAAUUUACCUUAUGGUGUCAUUUGAUUUAAGAGUUGAAUCUUUAUUUUUAUGUGCACAUGCAGAAUCAAAAAUUGUGCGCAAUCUUGCAUUUUCAGUUAGCAUGCAUCCUUUAGGUGGGAAAGUUUUCCGGCAUAUACCCCAUAGGGGACGUAUUUUCAAAUCGUGCAAAUCAGUUGAGAUUUUUAGAGGGGCGGAAGGGGGAUAUGACCCAACUUCUCCAAAUUUCGAUCGUUAUUUGCCAAGUUCAAUGUCUUAUUUCAUUUUAGCAAUCAAGCAUUUGCUCGCUUUAGUAAAUGCGCAUUUUUAUUUCAUCUAAAGAGAUAACACCCAGGCCCCCCCUAGUAAACUAUUUCUGUUUUUUCAAAAUUUUCAACUUUCACCCAUGAUCCUUUGUUGUUGUUUUUAGAAAAUCACAAAAUUGGUCAGUAUUGUAUGUGCACAUAGAAAAUAGGAAUCAAUCCUUAUAUACUGUUAUAUUAUUUUAAUUGUCUUGAUUUUUUUUUUACAACGUCAAUUUUUUAAAUUCAGGAAAUGAAUCGUUUCUGUGUUUUAUGUCUGUUGAAAAGAAUAUAGAAACUUGAAUAAGCAAUCGGAGUGAAGCAAGAAAGUAAAAUACAGACUUCACAACGCCAUGCAAUUUAAAUUUAAAAAAAAUCAUAAUAUAUAUAUAUAUAUAUAUAUGUUAGUUCUUUCAAUAGAGAAAUUAUUAUUAGUUAUAAUUUUUCUUCAUUGUUUUAAUGCAACCAGAUUAUUUCUACUGUACAUAAUGUAUACUUGAAUAAAUGAUAUAUAUAACAUGUAACAAAAUAUUCCCCAAAACAGCAUUUUAGGUUUUAUCAUUAUAGUUCUGAAUAGUUUUGUUUCACAAGGUUUUAAUGUUUUAUGUGUAUAUUUAUGUACAUAAUUUAUCCAUGUGAUCCGAAAUGUUUCCUUUGUGGACCAGCGUUAUAUGUCAUUAAUCUGUUGUAGUGUAAUUGUUAUUUAAACUCCUCUUGCCACAAUUUCUCGAAACUUCUCAAGUCUAACAAGCUAUUAUUUAUCUAAAAUUUUGACAUUUUUUUAAUUAAACUUAUUUUUAUUGAAAAAAGUACUGUAUCUUGACUAUAAGACAGAUAAUAAAUGUCAAUAAAAUGACUAAAAUAACUUUAAGAAAUAAGGCCUAAAAAUAAUUUUGGCUCAGGUACAUGUGAUCCAACCUUACCUACGAAAUAGGUGCCGACCCUACCGUUUUUAUGUUCAGUUUUCGUAAAGUGUGUGUUUUAAUAUGUUGAUAAAAAUCUUGACAGCUUUAUACAGAAAAUUAUUUAACACAAUUCUCCAAUGAUAACAAUAACGUUCUUACAUAAAAUCUAAAAAAAUAAAUAAAGCUUACGUACCCUACCUUUUUUUUAAAAGGUUGUAACCCUAACCAAACCAAUUUUUUUCCCUUAGUGUAACCUAAGUUGGCUAAAUCCUGUCAUAGCAGACUUAAGCAGUUUCGAGAAAUUGGCCCCUGUUUUGUAAAGAAAAAAAGUCCAUAAAUGUCAGUGUCUUUGGGGUCUACAUUGUAGUGCAUGUUGCAAGAAACACAAUACACAUAUGCAUAGGAAGGCCCACAACUCUGGCUGUAUUAAUUGCUGGGUGGUGCCCCUUUUUUAUUGAAAGCCAACAGACGAGGGUUGGCAUUUGCUCCGCGGUGCUUUUACUUUUGUAAAUAAUAAUAAAUGAUAUUGGUUGAAAAUGAAAAAAAUAUAAGUCAUAUCAUGGUUUCAACAUUUCUUAUAAGGUUUUGCCAUAAAGAUUGAUGACGGUUUAUGGUUAUCUAAUUAUGAAAAUUUUAUUAAAUGGCAACUCAAAAUGUAUCAUGUCAAAAGGGCUUUAAUAUUGAAACCUUAAGUUUCCAUCCUAUUGUUGAAGUAAGUCUUAAACCAUUAUUGUACAUAAUUCAUAGUUAAUUUAUUCAUGAACAGAAAUGCAAAGUUGGACAAAAAUCCCCCUCAACCCCCCAUCACCACCAAUGUUUGCAUAGAUGGGCAAAAAAUUAGUUUUAUUUUGUCCGGAGAUACAUUGUUCUUACCUCUUUUCCAAAACCAUCCUGAUUGUGUUCAAGAUGAUGUAAAUAUUGUAAUGACCUGGAUUUUGUUCCUUCAAAAUGAUGUUGUUAUUGGAUAACAUGAUUUGUCAAUGUAAUCAUUUUCAUCUACUUUUUGAAAAGAGUACCUCAGAAGUUUUGCCUAGAGCACCAUUAUAUCAAUUGAUAAAAGUCUUCCAUUCACAAUUAAACAUAAUAUAAUAAUAAUAAAUGCUGUUUUAGAUUGAUUUUUUUAUGAAAUAUUAUCACUCAUCCGCAUGUAUAUUUCAAUUUUGAAGGCAUUACUAAGUAAACUGGUACACUGUAUCUGCCAGAGCUGACAACAUCUUGGUUUAACUUUGAGGUCCUUUUUCCAAAAUAACAGAAAUUUGCUGAGAAUUUCUGAUCAAUGUUUUGUAUUUUAAGGUUGGACAGAAAGUUGAAUUUACAAUUAAAUAUAUUUAUAUAAAUAUAACUUUAAUAUUUAACUGAGUUUAUACAAAUUUCUGUUAAAAUCUUUUUAUAGUCUUGGAGUGUGAUAAUUUGUGAACAUAUCAUGUUUUAACAUGAAUAUUCUGUUAAAUUAAUGAAGAAACUCUGGUUAAGGUUUUGCAAGUAAUUUAAGUUUACAGUGAUCCAUGCAUGAUUCACCAAGACUCGGAAUAGUCAAGUGCGCUGUCUCUGUGACAAGUCUUGUUUCUUUGGAUGUUUUUGAAACCAAAAUUUGAAGUUUAUUUUUUGCCUCUUUUUCAUGAAAUCUAUGUAUGUAUGGUUAAUAAUGGCUAACAUUUAAGACACACAACUUGUAUAUCUGUAUAAAAUCAAGAAUUGUAUCGUUAGUGUGUAGCAUAAAUCAAAAUAUAUAAAUCUGUACAGAUAUGUUAUGUUUUAUAUAGUCCAGUUUUUACAUUGUUGAAAAUAUAGACUGUGAUCAUAGUUUUAUAAUCAUAUGCAUCGUAUUUCGCUUGUUUAAGCAUUGUUUUUUCUCGUUUAAGCAUGGUAUUUUGCUCGUUCAAGCAUGGUAUUUUGCUCAUUUAAGCAUUGUACUUGGCUGGUUAAGCAUUGUGCUUGGCACAUUUAAGAAUUGUUCUUCGCUCAUUCACGCAUUCUAUAUCUUUUGUUCAUAUAAGCAUUGUUCUUGUACUCUGUAUAAACGUGAAUAAUCUGUAUAGUGUUUUGCUAAAAAGGCAUAAAAACAAUGAAAUCUAAACAAACUGUUGAAUAUAAUCAAAGUUAUUGAAAUGCUGUUCAAUAUUGAGUCUGAUAUUAACUUUGUUUAGAUAUAAAAUUAUGUUCAAGGUUAUCUAUACUCUAGUCAAAUUCUUUCUGUAUUUGGACAAAACUGUUAUACUGUCUUUUUUGUUCUCAGAUUCAAUCUUAAAUCUUAAAAAAAGAGCUUUUCUAUAGAUAAAGUGGUUUUAAACUCUUAUAUUUGAAUGAAAAAGGCUGGAGAAUUGUGAAAGCAUUGUCGCUAGCACUGUUAAUAUGCAAAAAACUUCAAACCUGGCCAUAACUAAAAAAGCGUUUGAGAUAUUCAACUGAAACCUGGAACACAUGUUGCCAGAGGCAGUUGGCACAUAUAUAGCAAGGUUUAAAACUCUGGCUUUGAUAAUUCUUAAGUAACGGAUGCCCUUAUUUCGACAGAAAAAUUGGAACAGAUUGGAAUAGUUAACUUUGCCGUACUCUUGUUCAAAUUACAGACAUACAUGUUAAAAUUAAUUUAUUCCAUCUCAUUCUAAUUCUGUCUUUCAUUUAUUCCUAUACAAACUCAUGAAAAGCAAUGUUAUAUAAUUCUUCAUUAAUUCUGCCAUUUAAUUUACAAUGGGCCUACGUUUUACUUUUUGCUGAGAUAUAAACAAAACUUAUUUCAUAUAUUUUAUUGUCUGCAUUUGCUUUUUUCACAUAUAAAGUCAUUCCUUUUGCCUGAAUAUUAAUUAUUUCGGGUUUGAAAAUAAUUUGGAUAUCUUUUAUGAAGUAACCAGUGCCUGUAUUGAUUAAAGUUACUUUUUUAACUUAAGUCCAUUUUCUUUAUUUUUCAUAGUGUUUUUAAAGGGACUAGACACCAGAUGAUACAAAUGAAAGAAAAAAGAAAAUUGUAAAAAACUUACAUGAAAUUGACAUGGUUGUGAACAAUGCAUUGAAUCCUACUUACGGAUGUAUCACAUCGCUUACGACAUUUGAGUCUUUCGCAGUUUUUGCACAUUUUUUCAAUUCAAAAUUUACUCGGAUUCUCUACCAUGUAAAUACCAGUUAGUUUAAAAAUAGCGUCGGUAUAUGUAUUUUUACUCAUAAACAGAUAUGUUUAAACUGGAAAAUCAUAAUGUGCUAAUUUUAAACGGUCCGCAACAUGUUGCGCUCAUUAUUUUAAUCAUGUAGCUCGCAUUGACAAUUCUAGGCUUGGGGAAAUACUGUAUUUGCCGAUUUUUGGGUCAUCUGGUGUCUAGUCCCUUUAACAUAAAAGUAUCUUUUUCAAUUUAACAAACCAAUGAAAAUAACAUAUUUCAGAUACCAUUAAGUCAUUAUAUCAUAUGAUAAUUGAAAUUCAUAUUUUUAGAAAAUGACUUAAGUUAGAAAAUGACUUGAUAUGUUUUAUGAAUUAUAAAAUUGAUAUAUUUUAUCUCCAAAAACAUUUUUCCCCCAAUGCAUUUGCAUUUUGUUACCAUUUUGGUCAUGUUUACAAUUUAAUCAUGUUUUAAAUUGGGCAGGUCCCAGUGUACACAAUGUGUGUUCAUCUCAUUAAAGAGUUGUUGUUUGCUGUUUUAAAAAAGAUUGUAGUGUAGUCUUUGUCGGUUACACAUGAUAUGCACUCGACAAUAGGAACUGGCACGUUGUUUGGUCUGAAAUGACAUUAUUUUGGACUAGAUUAUAUGUUGGUCUUCUUGGCUUGGUCUGUGCCACAUAGUUUUAAUAAAAAAUAUAAAUAGGUUUAACAUAGUUUUGAACAAAAAUAUAAAUAGGUUUCAAAUAGUUUUGGACAAAAUAUAAAUGGGUUUUUACAUUGUUUUUAGGCAAAAAUAUAAUUGGGUUUUUACACAGUUUUGGACAAAAAUAUAAAGGGGUUCUUGUGACUUGGUCUUUGGCGCAUAGUUUUGAACAAAACUACAAAUGGGUUACUUGGUAUUUAAAAUGUUAAUGGGAGUUUGUGACUAGAUCUUUGCUUGAAACUGUUUCUUUUGUUAUUGUUUGACCCACAAAAUAGCCAAAUUCUUGUGAUUUACACUGUGCUUUCAUCAUGUAUUUGUGUAGAGUGUGUAUUGUGUGUGCCGACACUGUAGUGUAGCCUUUUUAUAGAAAAAAAUAGAUAAGUAUGUCUGUAUUGCUUUUAUGUUUUAAGGUACAUUCUGUCAAUCAUUGACUAAUGACAAUAAGAGAUAGAAUAUACACAUUUAAAGCUGGUAAAUAUAAAAUGAAUUAUAUCAUAUAUGUUCCAAUUUGCACACAAAAGAAAGCAGCUGAAAACAAUAAGCUUAUCUGCAUUUGACUUUUCUCAGUGGUUUGUAUUAUGUGUCUUGUGUAAACAAAGAAUACCUACAUAGCAGAUAGCUGGCUUGCAAUCAGACAAAAUGUACCUUGAAGCAUGUCAUUCGAAUUCAUGUUUUUUGUGCUAUUACAAAAUACUCCCAUUUUGUUUCCCAUGAACAUUAAUUAGUGUAUAUAAUGAGUCUGACAUCUCUUUUCUUAGGAAAAUGAGUCUGACAUCUUGUCUUUUCUUAGUUAAUGAGUCUGACAUCUUGGCUAUUUUUUGUUAAUAAGUCCUGUAUCCUUUCUUAGUUAAUGAGCUUAAGAUUUUGGCUUUUCUUGAUUUACAUGAAGUAUUGAAAUGUUAGAAAUGAGUUUCGUUUCUGGCAUAUGAUGAUUAUAAAUGUUUGUAAGAGUAUGUUUAUGUCAAUAAAGACUCUUUUAGAAAGCAAAAAGUGGCUUCUGUUCACAGCACUCUAGAAACACUAUUUUUUCUGAUUAAGUCAUUUUAUUAAUCGAUUGAAAUAAUUUAAAAGUAAGCUUAACUUGUAUUAUUAUAAACAGCUUAUUAUGUUUAUAGGAAAUUAGUAUAUAUGGUUAUCUUUGGUGAAAAAUGUCUUUCAAAUAUUGUUAAUUUUCUAAUAACAUCUGGUAUAUAUGAUUUUGUUCAGACAUGAUGAUGGUUAUUUAUUCCAUAGACAUAAAAUAUGAUGCAAAAGCAAUGUAUGUUGAUGAAAUAAAAAAGAAGAAUCA